ACCUAGUAAUCUAAUUGCCAUCCUAGUAAUCCAUUGCUAACCGUAACUAGAUAAAUAUCUUUCCCAAUUAUUCCCUGGAAAAUCUUCCUAUGAUUGAUUCGGAUCAUAGCCCUAUUGUUUUAAGUUUUAACUACUCGUCUUUUGAAACAAAUUCAUGCUAAUUGUUUUAAGUUCGAAGCAAAUUUGCAUAACAAAAUGUGUGACUUAGAAGUAGGUCUACGCGUCGACCGGGUUGGACUAGGUAUUCGAUCAGGUCGAGUUGAGUCUAUUCUGUGCCCUACUUUCUUGAGAUGAACCAGACUCGCCCACAUGAGAAUCUGAACACUCUUCUUCAAUCCAUAAACAAAACACAACACCUUCUUCCUAAGCAAAGAGUUGCGCUCGAUCACCAAAACUAUGAAAUGCAUAACCCAAUUUAUCAUCAACAUGCCACAUGAUACCACCAUUACAAGCAAAUUCGACCACCAUGGGCAACACGGAGAAGCUGAUGAACCAGAUCAUGGAGCUGAAAUUCACGUCCAAAACCCUCGAGUCCUCGCUCACCACCGGAAACCUCCAGAAGAUGUCGGAGACCAUGGACUCGUUUGAGAAGCAGUUCGUCAACAUGGAGGUCCAGGCUGAGUUCAUGGAGAGCUCCAUGGCCGGCUCCACCUCGCUUUCCACUCCCGAAGGUGAGGUUAACAGUCUUAUGCAACAGGUUGCUGAUGACUAUGGGCUUGAGGUCUCCGUGGGCCUGCCGCAGCCGGCGGCCCGUGCCGUGCCCACCAAGGAGGCCGAUAAGGUCGACGAGGAUGAUCUUUCCAGGAGGCUUGCGGAGCUCAAGGCUAGAGGUUAAUGAGGGAAUGUCAUUGGCUCCGAAUUUGAUGUAUAAUGCUGCUUAUGGGUUUGCAGAAUUAUGAGCUGUGAUUCGUGUUGGAACCAUUUACAACUUCAUAUUUGUGUAUAAUUGUCGAAUUGAUUCGCGGUGACAGGAUUAUGUGGGCUGUGUUGCAUAUGUUUCUUUAACAAGAUGCUUGAAUCUGUAUGGUUUUGUUUGAAUUGGAUAUGGUAUUUGGUAUGUUUACAUACGGGAAUGUGUAAUAGUUGUGUGAAUGUGUGUGGGGUUUGUUUUCUAUUGGAGGCUGAGUGGAACUAGGAAAUCGGUAAUGUGUGUCUGUACAGCAAAUUUUGCAUGCUGCUGUAAAUUGCUGCUUUAGUUUGACCAACGCUAUUUGCUUAUGAA